AUGUCGGAGAUGUUGAGCUUCUCGAGAGAGGAAAAACAAAAACUAGAGCUCGAGAUAAAAACGGCAAAUGUCGCGUUGGAUGAAUCGCAAAGUUUACUCAACGACAAGAUCGUGAUGAAGGAAAUUUUAGAGAAGGAAUUAGAGAACUCUCGAAGAGAUCUGCAUGCCAUUUGUAUGGGCGUCAUUGAAUUGGGUUGUCUGGUUCCCACUGGAAGAAAUGGUCGAGAGGAUAGCGGCGCGGCCCAGGCGUCUAUUGGGUUUACAGAGAAGUUGCUUAAUUUUGUGGCGCGUGACGGUGAUGGCAAGUCGAAAACUAAAGGAGAUAGAAAGACGAAUAGUUUUGAGAGUAUUAAUAUCGUGGCGCGCGGUCAAACCGGCGGUUACUCUAAGCCGACGUGA